GAUAGCAGGAUUUUAGCGCGGGAAGACGCUCAAUAGAGUGAUUCCAAUUUACGCAAUUUAUUAAUUGCUGAAGCGUUGUUUUUUUUUCUGUGGCCGACAUGGAGCUACCGUGUGUGCUGUGCUGCAGCAAGGACGAAGACGAGAUGGUCUUUGGCAAAGUGCACAAGGAGGAACAGUUGGUGGUGCACCGCAACUGUUUGUACCUUAGCUCGAAUCUUGUCCAGAAUGGAAACGAGCGCACCGGCAUUUUGAGCUUCCUCAAGAAGGACAUUUUGAUGGAGAUGAGGCGCUGCCGCCUGCUCAGGUGCUUCUACUGCCAACGCCUGGGUGCCAACAUUGGCUGCUGCCGCACCAAGUGCCGGCGCACUUUCCAUACAAAAUGCGGCUACGACAACCUGGCGGUUAGCCAGUUUAGCGGCCAUUAUAACUCAUUUUGUCACCAGCACAUACCCAAGUACCGCAUCCGGCCGGGCCCCGGGGAACAGUGCACGAUCUGCUUUGAGUCGCUGGUGGCCAAGGGCAAGCGAUUCAGUUUGGCGACAGAAAUGCAGUCGCCGUGCUGUCGGAACGGCUGGUACCAUCGCCAGUGCCUUCAGAGGUACGCCAACUCGGCGGGCUACUUCUUCAAGUGUCCGCUGUGCAAUGACGAGGAGAAGUUUGCCGAAGUGGCCCUCUUCGGGAUCUCGAUACCAAACUGUGACGCCUCCUGGGAGCUGGAGCCUAAUGCCUUUGCGGAUCAAUUGCAGCGAUCGGAGUACUGCACCUCGCCCAAUUGCCGCAUACGGCCUUCAGCUAAUAGCGCUGCUGACCUGCUCUACUGCAUUAUGUGCGGCUCCAACCCGAUGCACACGCUCUGCACCUUGAAAACGGCAUCAACGUACCGCUGUGCCGAUUGCAUUGUUAUAACGCCCAGCGUUGCCUCGGGCUCUGAUGAAAGCGAUACGGAGGUUGAUGUCUUUGAUCGACUGGAAGAGCUGCACCGUUAUCGGGCCUCCACCACAAGCGGCGGCCUCAACGGCACGCGCGACCUGCGACACUCCAAGUUAAUGGCCUCCAUGCGGGUCUCUUCCGAGAGCGACGACGAUGAUGAAGAUGAUUUCGAUAAAGCGUUCAAAAUUCUGAACCAGAGCCGCCAGCCAAGAGCUAAACCAGCAACCGAAACCUCCAGCUCUAGCUCCGUCACACCUAUAGCCCGUGCCACCAGACGGACGAUGCCUGCCACCAGGAUGCUAGAUGAGAAUGAACAUGAAAAUGAAAAGGAAAAGGCCAAGAAACGUCGAAUAUCCUCGAGAUCGCCCAUUGGUGAGCCGGCCAGAAGACGUUCAUUGCAACCCAUUUCCCCGCGAACGGGCUCGCGCACCAACGUAAACGUUGCUGAGACCAGAAGCCGCCGUACGAUGCCACAAUCGCAGCCAAGAUAUUCUUCCAACAUGGACGAGUCGUGUGUGGCCAACAGAACCCGGACCCGUUUGCCUUCCUAUAUGGCAAACAAGAAGUAACACACCCAUGAGCCUUAGAGAAUUACACCACUGAAGAACUUUGUAUGUUUUAUUCAUAAUCUUUCAAUUCAUAUUAUUUUCAAAAUAACGCCUUUCGAAGCCAAGUGUUUAUUUGUUCCUUAAAAUAAUCUUAAAAACAUUUAAAGUUACACAUUCCCUCUAUAAGUAUUCGUUAUAUUUAAAAAAUAAUCUCUAAAAAUCAGCGGUGGAACCUCUUGAACGGAUCGCAGAGCGAAAUCAAACUUUUGCUUUAUUUAUUUGUUUUUUAAUUACUAUAUUUUCCAUUCUGCAAUAGAGGAAAAAAAAGAGAGAAAGAGAGAGAUGAAUGAAGGCUUAUAGACUUAAAGCUAAUGUAUGAAGUGUUUAAUGUUAAUCUUAUUAUUAAUAUGAAUCUUAUGUUUUAAUUUCUUAAAAUAAAAAACUAAGAAACUGUAAA